AUGUCUGGUGAGUUAACAAUUUGUCCAAUGGGUUGGGAUUCAUUCGGUCUGCCUGCAGAAAAUGCUGCUAUUGAUCGAAGCGAAAACCCGUUGAAUUGGACGCGAAAAAACAUACUUACAAUGAAACAACAAAUGAAUGAAACUAUGUCUUUGGCUGUUGAUUGGUCAAGAGAAUUAAGCACUUGUGAUCCCAAUUAUUAUAAAUGGACACAAUGGCUAUUUCUUAAAUUAUAUCAAUCAGGCAUGGCUUAUCAUCGUCCAGCUUAUGUUAAUUGGGAUCCUAUUGAUCAGACUGUCUUAGCAGAUGAACUUAUUGACAGUCAAGGAUGUUCAUGGCGUUCUGGUGCUAAAGUAGAACGACGUCCUUUACGUCAAUGGUUUUUCCGAACAACUGCUUAUUCUGAGUCUCUUUUAGAUGGUUUAAAAGAUAUUGAGAAUAAUCAGUGGCGUGAUGUCAUUCAGUUACAACGUGGUUGGCUUGGUCAUUUGAAUGGUACUCAAAUGGAGUUCAAUAUUUAUUCAUCUACUGAACACCAUGAAAUUAAACCACAGCAAUCAUUUGUGGAUUGUGGACAUUUAAAGAAUAUCGUACCUCAAAAUGAACGAUUAGUUGUAUUUACAAAAUAUCCAAGUCUAGCAGUUGCUGAUUUAAUUAGUCAUGUAAAAGUUGGACCGGAUAGUGUUUAUUUUUCAGAUAUCUAUCGAAAGCCUGAGCAUAAACGUGGUUCAAACUUUAGUCGAAAGUUAAUCUUAUACUCAGAUUGGAAUCAUUCAUGUCAUAAUGAUAGUAAUAACAAAUUAUCUAUUACAUCAUGUACAUCUGUAUCACCUUGGCCGGAAAUUUUAAACAUAUUUGUUCGUCAUCCAUUUACAGGACGUUCUAUUCCAAUCAUUCGUGAAAAUAUUCCAUUAUCUAAACUUCCUAGAGCUUAUCCAAAUGAAUUAGUCUUUUCUAUAAAUGGUCAAACAUCUGACUUCUUAUCAAAAUUAUUGGAUAUACCUUUACCACCAGGAAAAUUAAAAUCUCCAGGAAAAGAUGAAUCCAGUGCUGUCAUUAAUGAAGAAGAUUUGAAAUGUUGUGUAUUAUCUACUCCAAUCUUUGAACUUCAUGGGAAAACAGUUGGUGAAUCUAUGGAUAAAGCUAUGCAAAUCUUAAAGGUUAGUGGACGUGGUGGUUAUCGAUGUAAUGAUAUGCGUACUGAUUGGUUAAUCUCUAGACAACGUUAUUGGGGCACUCCUAUACCAAUUAUACAUUGUGAUUCAUGUGGGGCAGUACCAGUACCAGAAGAUCAACUCCCUGUACUUCUACCUCCACUAGAAAAUUCAUUGAAACGAGGUGAUGAACCUUUAAAGCAUAAUGAAUCCUGGCGUAAAACAACUUGUCCUAAAUGUGGUAGUCCAGCGAACCGUGAAACUGAUACACUAGAUACAUUUGUUGAUUCAUCAUGGUAUUAUUUACGAUAUUUAGACCCAAAAAAUAAUUCGUCGAUUUGUGAUAGGAGUAAAGUAGCUAAUAGUCUACCUGUUGACGUUUACAUUGGAGGUAUGGAGCAUGCUGUUCGUCAUCUAUACUAUGCUCGUUUUAUUGCACAUUUCCUUCAUGAUAUAAAUGUACUACCCUGUAGAGAACCAUUUAAACGUUUUCUUCCUGUUGGUUUAGUAUUGGGUCAAACGUAUAUUAAUCCAAAGUCUGGUCGUUUUAUACCAACACAAUGUGUUGAUAAAAGAUAUUUAUCUGAAAAAGAAAUUGAAUAUUAUGAAAUUGAUACUAAUGAACCAGUUCAAAUGUAUUGGGAUAAAAUGAGCAAAUCCAAAUUGAAUGGAAUUGAUCCAACUGAUGUUGUUGAAAAAUAUGGUAUGGAUACAAUAAGAAUUACAAUGUUAACAAAUGUUGGACCACAUCGAUCAAGAAAAUGGGCUGAAUAUGGCGUACUUCAAGGUGUUAAUAAUUGGUUACAUAAAAUGAAUCGUCUCGUUGAACAACUUAUUGAAUAUUCUAAAACUUUACAAAAUUCUAAUGUAUCAUGGGAAUUAAAAUGUGAUAUGGAUGAUCCAUUAUUAAUUUAUCCAUCAUAUUCAUUAAAAUAUCAUCAAUCCAUUAUAAAGCGGGUUAAUGAAUAUUAUGAUGAUACAUUUGUAAUUAGUUCUGCUAUUGCUCGACUUCAAGAGAUGACUGAAAUGCUUCGAAAAUCUUCCAUACAUGUUGGUGGUCCAGGACCGUCAAGUUUCUUAUAUCUACGUGCAUUAGCUGAUCUUAUAGUAAUGCUUACACCUAUUGCACCAAUUUAUGCAUCUGAAUUAUGGUCUGGUGUUCAAUUGGCCUGUUUACCUUCAAAACAUUCAAAUUUAUAUGAAAUUCUUUCUGUUUAUUCGAAUAGAACAAUGAUGAGAACCAAUGAAAGCAAGAAUUAUUAUUAUAGUCAUUGGCCUUAUGAUUUGACAAAAUAUGUACUUGAACAACCAUUCCCUAAAUUUUUAUACUCUACUGAAAUACCAGAAUUAAUUGUAGAACAAUCUGAAAUAAACAAUACUACUACUACUACUACUACUACCACUACUCCUCUUUCAAAGUGAAGUUAUUUUAUUGUGUUGAUUUUGGUGCCCAAUAGUGAGGGAUGAAUUAAAGAUAAUAUAAAUGAUUGGGUAUGUAUAUAUAUAUAUAUUUAUAUAUGGUUAAUUGUAAAUUGCUUAUUACAAUAUAAUAAAAAUAAUAAUAAUACUUGUUUAUAGAUAUUACUGUCUGUUUUGGUCGAUGAAAUUCUUAUUAAUUCACUAUUAUUAUGAUUGAUUAUUGAUUAUUGGUUAUUGAUUAAUGAUUAUGAAUAGUACUAUAUAUUAUCAUUACUAUUACUAUGAUUUGAUUACUUGUAUUAUUGUACAUUUAUAAAAUUGUUAUUUGUUUGUAAAAAUAAGUAGUUUUCACCCUCCUUAACUCCCUCCCUCUCUCACUCCCGCCUUCUCCCCCCCCCUCUCUCUCUCUUCUUUUCUCUAUCUGGUUUUCUUUUAUGUACUAUGUAUUAGAUUUAUAAAUAAAAUUAUGUUAUUAGUAUAAUAUUUACAAUGUACUUAAUGUACAAUGUACUUAAGAAAUAUUUAUUUAUUUAUACACAUAGAUAUUGGUA